AUGUUGUUCCGUUAUCUUUUCGCAUCGGCACUAGCGCUGGGGUUCGCAUCCGCGGCUCCAGCAGAAACCCGUCAGGCCACAACUAUCAACAUCCAACUGAAGCACAGCAUUCUCGACGUCAUCAAGACAGUCGAUAGUGUGCCCUUGACCAACGAGCGUGUGCCUGUGGAUCCGUCCUUCACUGGCGACAUCGUCAAUGCCGAGUGUGAUGGCGGAUGCAAGAUCGCAUUUCACUGCACUCUGUACGGCGAGAACGAGAAUCUCCCAAUCCAGGUCGGCCCUGGUGAGACCAAGUUCAUCUUCGAUGCCUUCGCAAAAAUCACUGCCGUUUCCUGCGCGGCUGGGCUCCCCGCUGAGGCCGAGACGAAGCGCCAGGCUGAGGGAGAGGGAGGACUCGUGGUCGAGUUCACGAACCACCCUCUGGAGGUCACUGAGACGAUUCGACUCAGUGCUGAUGGUCAGCCCCGGCCGGUCAAUUUCGACUUCACGGUCAGUGUCGUCUCAACUCGCUGUGCGGAGAUCUGCAUCCCCGAACUCGCGUACCACUGCCAAUUGUUCGACCGGGCCCUGAAGCCGGUUGGAAACCUGACCGGUCCCGGAGCCUUGACCUUCCCUCAGGGCCAGCAACCUUUCAUCGGUCAAAUCACUUGCUACGACGACUUUGGCAAGGGCAAUGUUGUAGCCGAGCGCUCAGAGGAGAAGACCAAGGCUCGUCAAAGCGACGACGUGGUUCAGGGCACCGUGGUCUUCACCAACGAGGAGGGAGAUAGGUACGAGCAUGAGCUUGUGCUUGACGAGUUGGUCGCGCUUCCAUUGAACGUCCUGCCCGUUUACUACACGGAGGCGACCGUGAUCCUAUCGCACGAUCCGCGGAACAGGUUCUGGGCUUGCAAGGCUUUUGCACGGGGGCGCGCGACCUUCGACGACCUUGGGGUUUUCUACGCCAAUGAGAAAUUCAUCAAGACAUUUGAAGGAGGCGAGAUCUAUAAGUGGAAGUGCGAGUAG